CAUUUUGAAAAACCUUGACCUUAGAAUUUUUCCCGAUGUUGACAAUUUGCUGCGAUUCUGGGGGAUAUUUCCAUGCUCUAUUCCUGUUCAAGCAACUAUAUGUAUUUUUGAAGGGAUAUAUAUUUCUCGUUUAGGAAACUUAUAAUAUAAGCUAAUCAUGUCUUGGCGAGAAAUUGUUUUGGAACGUAAAUCGAGGCUAGAUUCGAAAUGGCUUAAAUUAGAUCUAAAGGACAUAUUUAUCGAUAACUUCCUCUUUUCCUUAUGGAAUGAGCUUGUAGAAAGCGGUGAAGUUCGCUUUGUUGAUGUUGACAACGCAGAUGGUGCUAAACUACAGCCUUCAUGCGAAAUCUUCAAAUUAUGGAUUUGGAGAGAUGACAUUAAGCGUUCGGACCUAACCAAUUGUCUUGAAAGUGUUUUAAAAGAACAGCAAGAUUUAUGCUGCGAAGUCGGUCGAAGUACUAAGAGUGCCAUGAAGAUCAGAUAUCAACUUGUAAUACUAGAACGUUAUAUGUUAGCUUUAAAAGCAGAAAAUUUAAAAGGAAACAUUCGAAGAGAGGUCAACACCUCGAAAAAAGAAAAAUAUGCUCAAGAAAAUAUUGAUAAACAGAGAAGCCUGCAUCAGAAAAAAUCGGAAAAUCUAUCUGCCAGCUUUGCAAAAGUUGGUUCAAGAACUGCUUUUUCGUUUAUCAGCUUCUCUCUUAAAAGAGCUUGGCGAUCUGGAGAAGAUUGCGAUUUGUGCUCAGAAUUCCUACAAGACGCUCUCGAAGCUUUAAGAGACAUUGAACCUGGUAGCAUGUUUCAAAUCGAUUCCUCCACCUCCGUUUGGUUCGAUUUAAUGAAGAAAAUCGAAAAUUUCUUAGAUACAGUUAUUCAAGGACAUAUUUCUAGUGGAACAGGAGCAUCAUGUAGUUUACCAAUCCCUUUAGUUGAUCAACAAACGGCUUUGGGCAUUUUCAUGGAGCUAACUUUACAAAAAGCAAGCGUCAGCGACCUGAUAAAUGCUAUUAUCCUCCUUUUAAAUUUAUGGUCUAGUGGUAGAAGACAUAGAAAUGAUAAUAGAUUUAACAACUUUAUAACAAGUGCUCCUCUAUUACAUUUUAUUAAAAGAAUGAGUAAUUUAAAGAUUGAAGAUGGAGCAAAUAUUGAAAACGAUGAGAGAGAAAUAGAUGAAGACGAACAUACGGGACCGAAUGCAGUAUUUUUACGUUUUCUCCGUCUUCCUAGAGAUGAGAAUUUAUUAGUAGAUUUAGGUCUAUGUGCAGUUGUAAUGCUUGCUCAUUUAGACCGAUUAGCGUCACCAUAUAUAUCCAAAUUCUCUAAGCAAAAACAAGAUAGUAACCGUCUGAAAAGUAAUUUGUAUUCUUUUGAUUGUAAUAUUCAAUCUAAAGCAGUCGAGCUUGACAAGUUGUUUGAAAAUGAGGAAAUUUAUAGUAUUGCUUGUUCGGAUCAGUAUCUUUUUAUAAUAACAGCUUCUUACAGCUUGUAUUUCGUUUCGAACAAAAAAGAUAAUGAAUGUCUAAGACUGGUUGAAGCUUUGAGAGACGAAGAAAUUAUUCAAGUGGCUGCCAAUCCUUGUGCCAAACAUGUUCUAGCACUUACCUCAAAAGGAGCUGUUUAUGCUUGGGGUAAGGGCAGUGAAGGACAAUUAGGAUUGGGAUCUGAAAUCUGCACUAAUGAACCUACCAAAAUUGUGGAUUUUGAGGGAACUGUAAUUGUCAAAGUAGCUGUAGGCAGUAGCUAUAGUGCGGCUGUAACUCAGAAUGGCAAAUUAUAUACAUGGGGAAGCGGAGAAGUUGGACAAUUAGGGCUGGGUCAUAAUACUCGGGAAAAUACUCCUCAAUUAGUCGAAUAUCUUGCCGACGUUAAAGUCGUAGAUGUUUCCUGCGGAGGUCCUAAUGCACAUACAUUGUGUGUUACUCAAUUAGGAACAGUACUUGCAUGGGGAGACGGAGAAUAUGGAAAAAAAGGCACAGGAGUUUUUGAAUACACGGACAUUCCUAAACAAAUUGAACUUACGAAUAUAAAAAAAGUUAUUGCUGGAUCACACUUCUCUAUGGCACUUAGUCAUUCUGGUGUGUUGUAUACAUGGGGAAAAGGUGACGAUGCCUUGUUGGGUCACGGAACAAAAGAACACUGUUGCCUACCUAAGCAAGUAGAAACUAUCGGCGAAGUUAUAAUUGACAUAUCCGCUAGUUUUUAUCAUUGUGCAGCAUUAACGAAUAAAGGAGAGUUAUACAUUUGGGGAAAGAAAAGUUUUAAUCAAUAUGGUUCUAAACCUUUAAGCUUAAAUAAUCUUCCUUUUAAACUUUCAACAAAUGGAAGAAGCCAUAAUAAAUUUGUUGGAUUAUGCUGUACUCCACAUUCGACUUUAGGAUGGAGUAAUUCCUCUGAUAGGAGUGUUACUUUGCCCCUGAGACUACCGUUUAUCAUGGAUGUCAAUCAAAGAUGCUUUGAGCAAUUAGAUUUUCUUUUGUCAGAUGUUUGUUCCGGUAUGGAUGGGACAGAUGAAAGACCUCCUAGCCAAAGAAAAGAGUGUAUGACCGUAGCAACUCUACGCUUGCUACAUAUACAACUCUACUCAGCCAUUUGUAACAAUUGUAACCCUUCAUCAAUUGGUCUGAAUGAGGAUGGAGAAUUAGUUAAAAGUCUUAGUUCCAAAAUUGUGCUUUUAGCAAGUAAUGCCCAUAUUGUUAACACUAUUCAAGAAGCUGCUCAAGAGGUAUUAACAGUAGCCUGGUCCUUACUACUGCCAACUGCUUUACAGAGAGCAAAGGCUUUAUCUGAUCUCUUACCGUUAUCAUUGUCCCAAAGUAAUCUUCAUUCAGGGCAAGAGUUUAUGACUAAUCUUCUUGUAGAAAGUCUAAUGGCAGACAAUGGAUUGAAUUCGGCUUUGGAAAGUGCUAUCAGGAAUGAAAAAUUAGACGUUGAAGCUAGAAAGGAAGAUGACACGAAAGAAAAAACUAUUGAUAAAGUUUUGUCAAAUGAUGAAAUUGAAAUUGAUCAGAAUAAUAUUCCCCUUCUCUUCCUUAUUAAACAACUACUGCGGAGUAUAGCAACUCAAACAAAAAGCCAAUUAAAAGAAGUUAGAGCCAAUUCACCACUAAGAAAUCAAAUGAUAAAUUCAGAUUCUUCAUGCACUUCAUUUAAAUUAUUUCAACAAUUUCAUAGAAUGUUAACUUUUGAAAUAUUUGAUUCUGAAAACGGAAUGGAUAAUUUAGAUAUCCGUAAGGAGGCUAUGAUGAAAUUACUUCAAAAAUAUGUUAACCUUUUGCAUAGUCAUUUAAUGGAUAUUCUUCCUACUGCUAUCAGUCUGCUGGAUAAUUUAUCUUCUUCUCAUUUCCUUCACAUCAGCAAUAUAUUAUCGCAAGAUGUAAUCGGGACACUUUUACCGGAACUAGUCAUCAACUUAACCUUCCUGCAAACAAAAGUCCCAUCUUUACUUUUAUCAACAGAUAUUGUAACCCCAUUGCGGGAAAUUUUAUUUUUGUUGGAUAGUUUUAAUGCCUACGCUCCAGGUAGUCACUACGAUGAAGAGACGGAUCUUGCUUGGGCAGGAGAAUAUGAAUCUCAAUUAAAAAAUAGACAACAAAUGGAAAUCAAACGAAAGGCUGCAAAUAAUAUUCGAUUUAGAGACGUUGAAAAUGAGAAUCUGGAUGGAGGAAAAUGGAAAAUUUUGAAUGGAAAUGUCUAUGAUUUAAAAAAAUUGGAUAUUAUUCCAACAGAUGAAAAUUUAGAUCGCCUUGAUGAAGAAGAAUUAAAGAAAUGUUUCGUUGGUCCUUAUUUAGAUUCGGAUGAUGAAAUUGUUGAAACAGCAUAUUUUGAUAGAACAUCUUCACCGUUUGCUAAUGUUGAAAGAAACUUAGCUCUAUUUUUAGGUUCUUUCUUCGCUUCACAAGUAAGGGGUUUAAAUGAAGAACAAUGCGAAGAACAAUGCAGUGCAUGGCUUUCAAGUGAAUUAUUUUCCGGUGGUUUACAAACUCUUUUACCUCAAGAUCCUUUUAAUGAAGAGAAAGGAGAGAGCACUGCAGUUACACCAGUAUCAAACCCUCCCGAUCAGAUGAAAUUAGCAAACAAAGAGAGGAUAUCUGAAAAGGAUACAAAUUUAACUGAUUUUGCUGAUUCAUUCAUAAAAGCGCUUGCUGAAAGGGAUAUUACAGAUGAAAUUGUCAUUAAAUUUUUAGACGUUCUAGAUACCUACUGUGGAACCCAUUAUUUAUAUAUUUCCACACCUUUCCAAAAAGAUCAUCCCGUUGAAGAAUCAGGAAGAUUGAUUUUAGCCGUGUUGUUAAGACAUUUGGAUAUUGGCCUAUUAGCUAUGAAUUUAGCAAGGGAUGAAGAAAAUGAAGAGAAGAAAUGCUCUAAUUUACCCAAGAGUUUAGUUGAAGUUUGUAAAGCUGUUUGCCGAGCGAAGCAAGCAAUCAUAAAGAUUCAUCAAGAGCAAAACAGGUCUUAUAAGGAAAUCUGCAGCCCAAUUAUGGAGAGAUGUUACUUUUUAAUUAACGAACUACGACCAACAAGUAUUUCAAAUGCUUUACUAGAUGGCUUUAGGUGUCGAAUGUUAAAAUCAGAAUCUAGAUGGCAGAGAGCAUUGGCGUAUACUUUGAAUCUUAUUCGCACAGAGAAAGCAAACGAAUUCACUUUGAAACCGAAUGAUUCGUAUAGUUCAGAUGAACAACUUUCUCAACACAGUUCUGAUGUUGACUUAUCCGAAGUUAGGGUAAAAUUAUGUCCCACUCAAGAUUCAGAAUUCGAAUUAUCCUCGGAUUCGGCACCCCUCUCCCCUGAAAAUCCUAAAGCUAAAGGAAAUUCUCGUGCUCAAGAAUUAUGGUCAUAUGUUAGGUUGGCUGUAACUAAUCCUAAACAAUUAGGAUGGUUAAAACAGAGACUCGCCGGGACAGACUCCAAUCCGAAUGUUCUCAAAAUUAUCUACGAUUUUAUAUUACACUCAGAAGCAAUAGAUAUAGAUGUAAUACGAAGGAGUUUACACCACCAGAUGAAAAGAGCUGAUAUGAGAUUGAAAGGAGUACAGAACAUGCUACAAAUUCUUUAUCAAAAAAAUUUACUACCUUCUGCUGAAUAUGCUUUGCUUUCCGGUUGGCAAGGUAUAACAAUUCAAACAUCAAAUAGGGUCCCUAUACCUCACACAUUGAGAAUGGUUAACCUUAUACCACCAUGCGAUCGAGUCCUUUUAGAAUCCGCUUUUGCCGAUCUUACUACUUGGACGCUCAAUGCUUUUCGAAAAGGUAUAAUGAAAGCCAGAGAAAAACUCAGCCAACAAGCAGAAGGAAAAAAGAUAGAAGAUGGCUAUAUUCCCUUAUCGGAACUUCGACACUUAAUACACUAUAUCGGUCUAUUAACACAAGAAUACUAUUCCCCUCAGACUGCAAUGAUUUUAAGAAAUGGGAUUUUAGCACUUUUGGAUGCUUUUAGAAAAAUUUAUUGUUUAUCAACUGACAAGAAAGUCCAAAAUGAAUCUAUAUGUCAUGUUCAAGCAAUCUUUGAAAAGUGUCUUAAUUCGAAAGUAGUUGUGCAAGUUCCUACAUCUGGUCCUGAAUUAGUGACAAUGAUGAAGAAAGGUGUCAAAGUUCAAAGAGGCCUUGAUUGGAAAUGGGCCGAUCAAGAUGGUCCCAAACCUGGAAUUGGCCGUGUUAUUAGCGACGUUGGGGAUGAUGGGUGGAUUAGAGUACAAUGGGAAACUGGAACAACAAAUUCCUAUAGAAUGGGAAAAGAAAAUAAAUAUGAUUUAAAGCUCUCUGAAUCUUACGCUGAUAAUGACAGUGAUUCGGAGACAGAAUUUUCUUUACCAUGCGAUGACUCGACUCAUCUGAAUAAAUCUAAUACUGUACAGAAUGCUACUAGCUCAGCACUUGAACAUUUAGAAUCAUCCAUUUGUCUUUCGACUGCUCUACAUAUAUCUGUCGAAGAAAAAGCAUCGGUAAAGAGCUUAUGUAAUUUGCUUAAAACUAGGGCUCUAGAGGAUGAUAGCUACUCUAAUUGGGUAGGAAUAGUUCAAAGUAUGACUUCAUCUCCAGCAGUCUGUUUUUCUUUGUCAUCUCCUUCUUGGCUAAACCUUCUAUUUGACUUGAGUCAGAAUUCUCGGAGCGGAAUUACCAAACGGGUUUUAGCUCUCAGAGUCCUAUCUUCAAUUCUCCUAUCUUGGAGUAAGUCUAAUGAACGAAGAAUGAGAGAUAUUCUCGAUAAACUGCUAUCUACUAUUGGUUGUUCUCUUCUCGAAUGUAAAAAUGAUCCAACACUAAUGGUUCAAGAUGGUAGAAGAACAAGGCGAAGGAAACGAGCUUAUUCUUGCUUAACUGCAUCUUACACAAGUACGAUAGCAGAAGAAGGUAUUAAGCUGGUUAGGACUUUACUUAGCUCGGCGGCGUGGAGUGAAGAAGUAAAACUAACGCUAAUGCAAUAUUUAAAAAUAUUACCUCAAUUGGUUAAUCCAUCAAUGGAUGAAAAUGAUUUAACUGGCAAUAUUAAGGAAGAGAUGACUUUAGCAGUAUUAUAUGUCAUUGGUGGAGUUGAUGCCAGAGUAAGGAUCGGGGGCAAAGUUCAACACGAAAAUGAUGGACUUGGUACUGUUAUAAAAAUAUCGCUGAAUAGUAAAGUCACCGUACUAUUUGAAGGUUCAAAUGAUAUAAGUUUAUGUAAACUUGAAGAACUACAACCGGUUGAAUUAAGUACUUUCGACUUAAGAAAAAUGCCUCUAGAUUUAGAUAUUUGGUCAUAUCUUGUGAGAAUUGCAGCUGAGGGGUUGAAUGGAAACUGUAACAUCUUUCAAUCUCAUGGAGAUCAAGAUAAUGUUCGACCAAGUUUGUUGUGGAGACAGAGAUUAACUUUAGCUGUUUGUCGAGCUGCUAAAAUUUUUAACAACCAUCAGGAUAUUCUACAUCAAAUUUUACAAAAAUCGGAAAAAAAUUGCACCUUAUUUAGAUCAGUUUUAGCCUGUGCCGUUAGACCAUCACCGAUAAAAGCUAUAUUUAGUACUGAUAACCAAAUGGAAGAUGCUGCUAGAGCUUUAUGUCAACAUUUAGCUACGAUUGCAAAUUAUCAAACUACAAACGAUGAAUUUUCAGCGUCUUCUUCAAACGAAGAUGCUGAUGAAGAGGACAACAAUGAGUCUGCUGCUGAAGGAGCGACUGCAAUGUCGGAAGAAAGUGUGGAUAAUUCGACACUUUUUCCACUUUUAUCCGCCAGACAAGAACCUCCUCAUAUAAAACAAAGGAGGACUGACCAAAGGCUACAAUUUCCUAGACGGAACAGACAUAACGGAAUAUCAUCGGAAACUUUCUCUCAGCUAGUUGACAUGGGAUUUUCACCACGUAAAAUUGAACUAGCAGUCGAAGCCGUUACGCCAGUAACUAUUCGACCAGGAGUUGAAACACCAGCUGUCUAUAUUGAACUACUAAUUGCUUGGCUAUUGGAUCACGAAACAAUCGAACAAGAUCUAAUUGAAUUGUCAGAUUACGACACCGAUUCGUGUGGACCUUCAUCAGUAUGUUCUUCAUCAUCAAGCGAGGGUACUGUGUGUUCUUCUCCAGAAAUGGUAUAUGGCCCGCAAACCCCAUCAUACAAAGUUAGAAGUGACUUUACGAGUGAUGAUUGCUAUGCAGAAUAUGUUCGGGACAAUUUAGCCGUAGGAAUGUUGGUGAAAUGCUGUGAAGCUUAUGAAAAGGUAUCUCAAGGCGAUAUUGGAGUUGUCACUCAACUAGAUAUUGGUAGCUUACACGAAUUGAAUGCUAAUGUAGAUUGGACACUUUACAAAGGGAAAUAUUGGGUUCGAUUUACAAAUCUAGCCAUAAUUGGAAGAACUUCUCGUGCUAGAUCGGGUGGUAUACCUAAUUCUCUUAGGAAUAAAGUAAGAGUACGUUUAAAAUCUAAAAGUAGUAGGACAGCAAGCAUAAAGCAACAGAAUAUCGGUACCGUUAUGUUCACUGCACCGAACAAAAAAGAUGUAGUAGUUGCUUUUCCAGAUCAAGAAGGAUGGACAGGUCAAAUGGGAGAUUUAGAGGUAAUAAAGAAUGCUGAUAAAUUAUGCCAUACCUGCUCUAAGUCUCUAACAAAAGGUGUAAUUUAUAACUGUAAAUGCACGCAAUGUAAAGGCAGGUUUCUCUAUUGUUCAACUUGCUCGAAAGAUGCCUUCAAAAAAUGUUCUGAGCAUAAAUUUGAAAAACGAAUGGCUGGAAUAGAUUUACUUGACAAUUGGCAAGCCUGCGUUCGGCACAUGACUGUCUCGUCUACGUCUACUUCAGCUCAUCGUAUGAUAGAUGGCGGUAGCGGUUUCUGGCAGUCGCACGGACAACAAGGACAACAUUGGAUAAGAUUGGAAAUGCAUCCAUUUAUCCUAGUUUCUCGUUUAUGUAUGAGAGUUGAUCCAUCAGAUGCGUCAUAUAUGCCCAGCCUAAUCACGGUUUCAGUUGGUCAAUCAGUAAAUCAGUUAGAACUUUUGCACACGGUUAAAGUUCAAUCAGACGACGAUCUAGUUGUUUUAAUUCAAGACGCCAGCGCAUAUUAUAAAAUUAUCGAGAUACAAAUAAAACAAUGUAGGAGUUCCGGAAUAGAUUGCAAAAUCCAUGGUCUUAGUAUUGUAGGCAGAAGGUGUGCUGAGGAAGAUAGAGCUGCUGCCUCUGUUAAAUUUUUAGCAUCAGACGAAGAAGACGAAGACUCUCGAGCGAUUGUUCACCCUCCUCUUCCGAAAGAUCAUAAAUUUCCAUCAAGAAUACAAACUCAAGUUUAUGUUUGGGGUCUCAACGAUAAGGACCAAUUGGGAGGUCCGAAAGGAUCUAAAAUAAAAUUGCCUUUCCUGAACGACAAUCUAUCAAGUUUAAAAGUAGCUGAUAUUUGUGGAGGAAGUAAGUCUUUAUUUGCAGUUACUCAUGAUGGCCGAGUAUAUGCAUGUGGAGAGGCAACAGGAGGAAGAUUGGGAUUAGGGAUUACAUCUGGCGCAGUCUCAGUUCCAAAACAAUUGAAAUCCUUAAGCGCUUAUGUUGUCAAAAAAAUAGCCGUGCAUUCCGGUGGGCGUCACACAAUGGCCUUAACUAUUGACGGAAAGGUUUUCUCCUGGGGUGAGGGCGAUGAUGGAAAAUUGGGUCACUUUAAUCGAACAUCUUACGAUAAACCACGUCUAAUCGAAGCCUUACGGUCCAAAAGGAUCAAAGAUAUAGCUUGUGGUAGUGCUCACAGCGCUGCUAUAUCACAAGAGGGAGAGCUUUAUACAUGGGGAUUAGGUGAUUAUGGUCGAUUAGGGCAUGGUGAUAAUGCUAAUCAGUUGCGACCUAAAAUCGUUGCGUCUUUAGCACAGCACAAAGUUGUUAGAGUAAGCUGUGGAAGUCGAGAUGCUCAAACAUUAGCCUUAACUGACGACGAUCAAGUCUGGUCUUGGGGAGAUGGAGACUUUGGCAAAUUGGGAAGAGGAGGUUCAGAGGGCUGCAACACCCCGCACGUAAUCGACCGACUUAGCGGCUUGGGAGUUUGCAAAAUUGAAUGUGGCGCCCAAUUUAGUUUAGCUCUGACUAAGUCAGGCCAAGUAUGGACUUGGGGUAAAGGCGAUUACUAUCGGCUAGGUCAUGGGAAUGAGCAACAUGCACGUAAACCCCAAAAGGUCGAAGUUUUAGAACAAUAUAAAAUUGUAGAUGUAGCAGUCGGUGCCCUUCAUUGUUUGGCUGUAACGGACAAUGGACAAGUAUUUGCUUGGGGUGACAACGACCAUGGUCAGCAAGGAAAUGGAAACAUUCAAGUCAACAAGGUACCCACAUUAGUUCACGGGCUUGAAAGUCAUAAAAUAACGAAAGUCGCCUGUGGAUCAUCCCAUUCGGUUGCUUGGACUACGUCCGACAUAUCAGCACCGGUUAAUCAUGAACCGGUCUUCUUUCAAGUGCUGAAUGAUCCCAUGGGACAAUCUUACGUAAUAGGAUCGAAUGAUGAAGAAGAUUCAUCUGAAUCUGUUGAACGUCAAAUGAACGUUGCCAAAAUAUCAUUAACAAGGGCAGUCCUUGCUCAAAAAACUCUCUCAAUUCGUCAGUCUGCUUUGACUCACAUUUUAAAUGCCCUUCGUAUACAUUUUUCCCGCCAAGCCAUAAUAAGCGCCUUUUCGGUAGCUCCGUUAUCAAACGAAACAGUUCAAGACCGACAAAUUGCAUCAAACUUUCCCUCAAUGCAUAACUUAGCUCAAGCAGCAUCUCCUGCCGACUGCAUAGCUGCCGAAACUUUCUCACCAAUCGAAGCAACUAAAAGUCAUUCAACACUUGAUGACUUUGUUUAUAAAUUAAUGAUUGACGACGCUCGAAUGCUUGUUAAUUUAUUGAAAUUGUGCGUAACGAGACGAAUGUGCAACAAACAAGAACUCACCCACGUUCUAAAAGCUUUAGCUAAGCAUUCAUGCGAAAUGAGCGAUUUAAUCCUUGAAUUAUGUGUUGUUGAGCUAGAGGAAGCUGCAGCUGAUACAGAGUCGUCUAAAAUAUCAGAAAAACCCGAAAUAGUAGAAUCACCUCAUCCGUAUCCAGAUGAGUGUAAUUCAACUGAUGUUGUAAGGAUACCUGGCGCCCACUCCCUAAGGGUUGAAUUCGAUAAACGUUGUUCUACGGAAAGGCGUCAUGAUCCUUUGACGAUAAUCGAUUCUAAUGGUCAAGUAGUAUGUGAACGCUCAGGAAGAGAUCUAGCUGACUGGUCCCAUCCCGUAGUUGUUGCUGGUGACGAAUUAAGAUGGAAGUUUAAGAGUGAUAACUCAGUAAAUGGCUGGGGAUGGAAAUUUACAGUCUAUCCUAUACAUGCAUCGUCCACUCCCGAUUAUAUUCUAAGCGAUAGAGCGUUGCUUACAAAACCUUCGAUACAGCUAGUUAUGUGCUUAUUGGAUUUUAAGAGUGUCCUUCAAUCGCAAUCUGGAAUUCUACCGAGGAUGGCUUCUGCAUUAGCAACUACUGCCCAACUACCUUGUCUCAUGGCUUCACAAAGAAUGUGGGCUUUGGAUCAAUUAAGAUCUCUUCACUCAUAUCUCACGGUAGGACCGUUAUCUAAUGAUAAAGGAGCUCUACAGUCUCUAGUAGCCGCACUCCCUGAAACAUUGCAGAGACAGUUUGAUUAUGAAGAAUCAUACUUGAGAAAGAAUCAACAGCUAAUGCAUUCCAAAUUUUUCCGCACUCUUGUUGCUCUAGCAUCCGAUCUUAGCUUAGACUCUUUGUCUAUUUGUGUAGAAUCUCAACAGUGGGCCUGGCUUAGAAAAGCAUGUGAAGCUCAGAGGGUCGUUGAGGCUCUAUUGUAUAGAACUCCUCUUCCGUCAUCCUUUUGUGAAGGAGUUUGGAAAAAAGUUCAGGAAUUAGGAGAUUCUGCAGAAGUGGCAACAUAUAACCUUUCACGCUUAUACGAAGAUCACGCCACCUUUACUCGAAGUAAAGAUGAACAACUUUUAACAUGGAAUAUCCGACGCCCAGACGAAUGGACUUUAUCCUGGGCUGGUUCGGGAAUAAUCUGGGGAUGGGGUCACAAUCAUAGGGGUCAGCUGGGUGGAUUGGAAGGUGCAAAAGUCAAAGUCCCUACUGCUUGUGAUUCCUUUGCCAACCUCAGACCAAUACAGAUAGUUGGGGGCGAGCAAACUUUAUUUAUCGUCUCAAGCGACGGUAAAGUUCAUGCUACAGGCUAUGGAGCGUCAGGACGUUUAGGAAUUGGUUCCAAUGAAUGUGUUUCCAGUCCGACCACGUUAGAGUCAAUUCAACACGUUUUCAUUAAGAAGGUUUCUGUUAACGCCGGAGGGAAGCACUGUCUAGCCUUGUCGGCGGACGGAGACGUCUAUUCUUGGGGUGAAGGAGAAGAUGGUAAAUUAGGUCAUGGAAAUAGACAGACUUGCGAUAAGCCUAGAAUUAUAGAAAGUUUGCGAGGAAAGGAAGUGACAGAUAUUGCCGCAGGAGGUGCCCAUAGUGCAGCUAUUAGUGCCCAAGGGGAAUUAUAUACAUGGGGUAAAGGUCGUUACGGGCGAUUAGGACAUGGAGAUAGCGAAGAUCAGACGAAGCCAAAGAUUGUGGAAACAUUAAGAUCAAUGAAGGUUUUAGAUGUCGCGUGUGGCUCUGGCGAUUCACAAACACUCUGCAUAACAGAAGGAGACUUUGUAUAUUCAUGGGGAGACGGAGACUAUGGGAAACUUGGUAGAGGAGGUUCAGAAGGAUGCAAAAUACCAGAAAAAAUUGAUAAAUUGACUGGAUUGGGAGUUUGUAAGGUGGAAUGUGGUUCUCAAUUCAGUGUCGCAAUAACUAGAUCUGGAGCUGUCUACACAUGGGGAAAAGGAGAUUAUCAGAGACUUGGUCAUGGGACGGAUGAUCAUAUUAGGAAUCCAAAGAGGGUUGUUGGUCUACAGGGAAAGAAGAUCGUUACAUUUGCUUGUGGAUCUUUACAUUGUGUUGCAUGUACUGAUACGGGUGAUGUAUAUACAUGGGGUGAUAACGAUGAAGGUCAAUUAGGAGACGCAACAACAAAUGCAAUACCAAGACCCCGACUCGUUGCAGCUUUAGAUGGAAAGAGAAUCAAUAGAGUGGCCUGUGGUUCUGCCCACUCCAUUGCCUGGUCAACAUCAAAGCCGACCCGCACCUGUCGUUUACCUACCUCAAUACCUCUAGAGUAUAGCGAACUAGCUAACAUGGAUAUGUCUUUAUUAAGAAAUCGCUUAGUCCUACUUCAUGCUGCAUCUCAGUUAAUCUGUCCCUCAUUCCCAAUGCUAUCCGUACCUGCGAUAGAAUCUAACAAUUUGAGAUCUCUGCUAACAUUGCAAGCCAAAGAGAGCAUCUUUAAGAAAACCCUUCAUAGCACAAUGGUAAGAGACAAACAACACGGUCCAGUUAUCGAUAUUAAUAGGAUGCAAGUGAAGCGUAAUAAAUCUGAAAAAGAUCCGGAUGGUUUGAGAUCAGUAUUCUAUCAAGUUUGCGAAAAAAUGGAUCAAUUAUCAAAUGAUCAUUUAAUGUUAGCACACCGAGUGUGGAAAGUAAAAUUUGCAGGCGAAUCGGUUGAUGACUGCGGUGGCGGUUAUAGUGAGUCGAUAGCUGAAAUGUGUGACGAAUUGCAGUCGGGAAUCGUUCCCUUAUUAAUUGUCACACCCAAUGGACGAGAUGAAUCGGGAGCGAAUCGCGAUUGUUUCAUUCUAAAUCCCACACUAAAAUCAGUCAGGCACAAGAAAAUGUUUAAUUUCUUUGGCAUCAUACUUGGAAUAGCAAUUAGAACUGGUAGCCCUCUAUCAUUGUCACUUGCAGAACCAGUUUGGAAACAAUUAGCUGGUAUGAAUUUGGACGUCCAAGACCUAAAUGAGAUUGAUAAAGAUUAUGUGCCGGGACUAAUGUACAUACAAAAUAUGAGCGAUGACGACCUUACAGCGGCUGACAUGCCAUUCACCACACCUUCUGCUGCUGGAGGUUGCAAUGUAAUACAAUUAUCUAGCCGAUAUACCGCCAUAACACCAUCCAACAAGCAAGAAUAUGUGAAAUUGGCUUUAGAUUAUAGAUUAAACGAAUUUAACACAGCUGUCCAAUGGGCGAGAGAAGGAAUGACUAAAGUUAUUCCUGUUCCAUUACUUUCUUUAUUUACGGGCUCUGAACUUGAAACAAUGGUUUGCAGUACACCUGAUAUACCUAUUGGAAUGCUUAAGUCAGUCGCUGCAUACAAGGGCAUUGAUGCUAAUCAUCAACUAGUGAAGUGGUUUUGGGACGUCAUGGAGGAGCUAGAUAACAAUGAAAGAUCUCUAUUUUUGCGGUUUGUGUGGGGAAGAACAAGGCUACCAAGGACAAUAGCUGAUUUUAGAGGUCGAGAUUUUGUGUUACAAAUACUUGAUAAAUACCAUCCGCCCGACAAUUUCCUCCCAGAAAGUUACACCUGUUUUUUUCUACUAAAGCUUCCCCGAUAUAGUUCCAAGGAGGUUCUACGUCAUAAAUUGCGUUAUGCUAUACACUUUUGUAAAUCUAUUGAUACCGACGAUUAUGCUAGAGUUGCUUUAACGUCAGAUCCUAUGGAAGACGUUCGAGAAGGAACAGAAACACCGCCUCCUGCUGCCCCCGCUCUGACAUCAACGGUAGGGGCAACCGCAGGAGAAACUGUGUCAGAUGAAGGAGAGUGGGACGGAAUGACGGCUGCUAUUAACGCCUCAUUAAUGGAAGAUCCAAUUUGUCCAAGAAAUUCCGAUCCAUACGACGAAAGUGAAGAAACGGAAUAAAAAUAAACUAGAAUAUGAAUCUGUUUUUUUAGUGACUUCUGAAAAUAAUUGACUAUAUGCAAAAAAUAAUAUAUAAGGUCAAAAUCUAAAUAAACAAUAUAAUCUCUGCUUUUCCAUUAACGUUAA